AUGAUUCAUGAGUUUGAUGCUUGUGGGCAGAUCCAAAGUCCAACAGAGGAAGUGCAAUGCCGAUUGUGCCCGACAGGAACCUUUUCGGACGCAUUCAACUCUGAACUUUGCCGUCCUCAUGCCUCCUGCGAGGUCCUCAAUCGAAAGGUCACAGCCCCUGGCACAGUGACCUCAGAGGCCAUCUGUGGAGACUGUUUGCCUGGGUUUUAUUUCUCUGCCUCCAGGGAAGUUUCCACCCAGACUCCCUGUGUGAAAACAUUACAUGUCAGAACAGUUCGCACGGUGGGUAAAGCUUCAUCCAUUGGUGCAGGAGGAACAAUCAAUGGCACAGUGGUGCGGAGUGCUGAGGAGAAGUCGGCCGAAUACGCUGUUUUUGCCUUGGUGCCCAUCUUCUGUGUGAUGGGCCUGCUGGGUAUCCUCAUCUGCAACAUCCUGAAGAAGAAGGGAUACCGCUGCACUGCUGACAAGGAGGGAGGGGAUGAAGAGACAGCCACACCACAGAAAGAAGGUAACACUUGUCCCUACAUAUCUGAUGACCUCAAUGAAGACACCAUCAGUGUCCUCGUUCGCCUCAUCACUGAAAAGAAAGAAAAUGCUGCUGCACUAGAGGAGCUGCUGCUUGAGUACGAGAGCAAACAGAUGGCCUUGAGCAAAGGAUCCUCAAUCAAGUUUCCCAUGCUGUCUCCCCUGUCCACGUUCUGCUCCCUCCCCAGACUCUGCCCCCAUCAGUCCCAUCUCCACACCAUCUCCGGCCUCUCGGGUCUGGCCCCCAAACAUGGCUACCGCUGCACCCGUUGCGCUCAGAGAAAAUGGCCCCCUGUUCUCAUACCUCCUCUGGAUUCCCUCAAAGAUCCCCUGAAGCCCCCGCAGACCCUCAUCCUGCCCUCCCUGGACACAUCCACCGACCAGCAGAAGAGUCCCCUGCUGGGGGGAGUGAGUGUUGACACGCUCUAUACCCAAACUGUCGUGCCAAAUACUGUAAAAGAAAAAGUAGAAGUGACUGAAGUGAAGGAGAAGAAGGAGGGAGAGCUGACAGUGUUGUCUGUGGGAAGAUUUCAAGUUGCUCAGAUUCCUGAGCAGAAACCUGUCACCAUGGAAACCAAGACAUCAUCCCAGGAAACGGAGAAGCAGAGAAACUCACUGUUUGGUGGGAAACACUUCUCCUCUUCAUCAUCUGGCAUCUGGAGGUCCUCCUUGUACCUCCCUGACAUUUUCACUGUCUCCUUCAGAUGAGGAGACAGAGAAAGACGCUGUACGAUGAAGCUACCUCGCUGAAGAUGACCUCAAAAUCUUCUGAUGACUUCACAGCACAGGGAGGAGGGUGUUGUUUAACGCAACUGACACCAAGACACUACAAGAAUCACCUCCUGCUGGAAGACGUCAUGUCUAUUUAUGCAAGAAGAGACACAUGCAUGUAUUUAUUACUACAUAAAAAGUAGAUCAACUGAAGCUGCUUUAAUGUCCCAAUCCAGAGAGGAAAAGGCUCGGUCAAUACACACAGCAGUGGUUAUAUUAAUUUCUUGUGAAGUGAACAAUUAAUAAGUGACACUAGACGGAGGGAUGAGAAAACAAAGAGUAGAAGUUUGUAUGCAAAACAAGGUCCCUCUUAGUCCCUGUAUUUGCACUUCCAUGUAAAAAGAAUAGACCUGGGGGUUAAAACAUACAAGACAAAUAGUCUUCAUGAAGACAAACACAUUGGUAUUUUACUACAAGAAACUCAAAUAACAGUAACAGUAAGAAAAGGAAUACAUCAAGUUAGAGUAUGAAGGUUUUUCCAUCACAUGACACUUGAUUACAGACUCCAGUUGCACCACAGAAAGUAUUAUACAGAGGAACUGUUGUAAAACUCAAUAUGAUUUUUAAGUUUAAGAUAUUUUUUUUAAUUUCUGUGAUUUAGCUUCUCUUGCUCCUGCUCACGUAGAAAGCGCAGGUGAGUGAUAGUUUCAGACCUUGAGGAUGUUGAAUGUAGAAGGAGCUCACUUCAACAUCAGAGAGUUUGAAAAUCAUUUGUUCUGCAAUGUACAUCCACCCACACUCAGCAUAAUAGCAAUGUAUGUGACUUUUAACCUCUUAGACUAGAUGCAGGACCGUGAGGAUACGUGAUCAGGGACCAAAUUUUGUUUUAGAGGGGCCCCCUGAUACUGCAUUACAGCAUCUGCUUCCCAAUAACAAGAUAAAGCCUUUCACUCUUAGGGUAAAAGAAAUAAGACGUGUAUAAAGCUCAGUUUUGUAGAAUAGAACAUGUAAAUGACUGUACAUAUGUAAAUAUGGGUGGGUAUCAACAAAUGGACCAUACCUGGCUUUUAUCAUUUUUAGCGAAAAGUACAUUUAUAGGUGAUAUACUAGAUCUCAUGUCAAGGUAAAGACGACACCAGUGAGUGACAUUUGUAAUCCAUCAAUAACAACCUGGCCAACUCCUCACACACCUCCGUGCAGAUAAAACUGAAUCGACAUGUUAAAUCUGACUUCUCACCACUUGGCUACAACAUUUUGGUGAAACGCUUUUCUGCUCUAAUCCUGAACUUUUAAAAAAACACACGCACGCACACACAGAUGCAUGCUUCUUUAUAGUUUCAUUAAAUAAAUCAACCGUGGCUGCAGAGGAUUAGUGGUCGAGAUGCCUCAAGUCUCGGCUUUAGUUUACAACCUCAUGAGUUUUAAAGAGUGCACUAUAAUCAUAGUGGUAUUUUAGAUGCAUAUUUUCACAUUAUCUUAUUAUGUUGUUCUGAUAAAUAUUAUAGUGACAUGUUUUAUUUGAUUUCUUUUUACUUCUGUUUCUUAUUAAGUGUCUCCAGGCUGAUGUGUUGCUGGCGAGUAGGAAGGAAUAAAAAAAACAUUUCAUUUCAUCAACUUUUUAGAUUGUGUUUAUAUGAUGACAUUAUUCUGUAUGAUGUUUUUACUCUUGAAAUAAAGAAGGGAUGUAUUUUA